AAAACAAAUCAGUUUGAGUUCUGCCUUCAAGCGCUCCAGAACAAAUCAGCUGGCGUACCGAACAUAUACAUAUAUAUAUAUUUUUUGUUUUGUUUACAACCAACGUUUUCUUAUCAUAUCAAGUGCAAACGAGCUUUUUAACGAUAAGAAACGAGUUGAGAUCUCAAAACUACGAGUACCGAGUUUCAAACUUCCUUUUCGAACCUAAAACCAUGUCCUCCGGAAAGAUCCUGCCACGUCGCCAGGCGGUGCCAGUACUCUACACCAGGGGCACCCACUACGAGGUCGGAUUCGAUAUGGGCCGCACAUUCGGGUCGAUGAUCAAGAACUUUCUGAUCUUGUCGAAGCCCCUCAACGAGACCUACUUGCCGCUCUACCAGUCCCCAAAAGGCAGGCAAAUAUAUAAUGAGACCCUGGGAUCGGUGAAGGACAGCUUCCCGCAGUAUAUUCGCGAAUUGGAGGGCGUGGCCGAUGGUGCGGAGGUGGAAUUCCAUAAGCUAUUUUUACUGCAUCUGGACGAGAUUCUGCCACAGGCAUUGAAGCACCAGCCACGCAGCAAGAACCAACCCACUGGAUGCUCCACUAUUAUUGUCAACCAAAGAAUUGCGUAACGCCUGCUGGGCCACACGGAGGAUGCCCUGACGGAGACCCUCAACCAUUACUACUUCGUGGUGGCCCACGUCAUCAGCGACAAGCCGCAGGGCAAGUACAACGUGAAGGAGGAGCACUUCAUGUCCCUGUGCUACGCAGGCCACCUGCCCGGCUACACCAUGAGCCAGAACCACCACGGACUGGUCUUUAGCAUCAAUACGAUCAGUGCGGAGCUUUUGCGCAGCGGCAAGACCCCUCGUCACUUCAUCACCAGAGCCCUGUUGGCCACCAGCAAUGUGGACGAUGCUUUUAGGGUGCUCAAGGACGCGGGAGUGGGAGCGGCGGAUGCCUGUUCCGUGAACUUCACCUUCCUGGCCGAUCCGCGACAGAUGUGCUACAAUGUGGAGGUGGCUCCCUCGCCGGAGCGAAAGAACGAGUCCCAUUUGAACAUCAAGGAGAUUCCGUUGGGGGAGCAUAAUUACCAUGUCAAUCAAUUCGAUCGCAUCCGGCAGGACCAAGCCAACGAACUGAUGAUCGACUCGAGCAUCUCGCGGAUGCGGACCUUCGGAGCGUACAAGCCGCCGAUGAGCGAGCAGGAUGUGCGCCACAUGCUCGGCGACGUUUCCGGCGGAGAGUACUGCGUGUGGCGGGAAAACAGAAGGUGCGACGAGGUGGUCAAGACCAUUGCCGUGGGCAUCUUCGAUCUCAGCGGCAGGACGGUCUCCCUCUACUCGGACAAUCCCAGCGAGACGGAGCCCCACUGCCGCCUGCCGCUCCUCUUCAAGUAGACUCUGCUGCUGCUUAACCACUCUCAAAAGUUAUUAUUAUAAUUUUCACAUUUCCAACAUGUUUCCAACACUUUCCAAAUCGUUUUUUUUUUUUUUUUUUGCAAAUCUCUUAUGGGCUUUUUCCGUUUUGUCGUCAAAUCCAAUCAAUGAGCAAAA